ACCUAACCUACGAAACGCGCGAAAGCUAUCAAAGGAUAGAAAAAAAGGUUUCCGCAUUAUUAAUGUCACGGGACGAUGUAAAAAUGUGAUUUCCUGCACGCGAGAACUUCUCGCGAGUUUCGCGCUUUCGUGAGGAAGAGAAGAAGGAAGGAAGAGCGCGAUGGAGAAUUAUUCCGUGCGUAUCAGUUAUCCGCAGACCGCUCGUAGCGGAGAUCCCAUCCUUGAAGACUCGUCUUCGGCGCAUGACACCUGUCAACCGAGGCAAUACGCGGAUCAUGCGAGAAAGCGGGAGGACGUGAUUGUUUUAACAAAUGACACCAAGGGCGGUCUGUUUCAUCCUAGAGCUCUCCUUUUUCUCACCCUAUGGUAUGUCUUCAGUGGAUGUACCCUGUUUCUAAACAAGUACAUACUGUCUUACAUGGAGGGCGAUCCAACUAUUUUGGGUGCUUGCCAAAUGUUAAUGACUGCAAUUUGUGGACUGAUACAAAUGUAUUUUCCUUGUGGUAUGUACAAAGCGAGUCCAAGAUUGAUGAGACCCCCUGGGUUUUAUAAGCACAUGACACUGGUAGGAUGCACAAGGUUUGCAACGGUGGUCCUAGGUCUAGUAUCGUUAAAUUAUGUAGCUGUAAGUUUUACAGAAACUAUAAAGAGUAGUGCACCACUUUUCACCGUCCUCAUCAGUAGAUAUUUAUUAGGAGAAUAUACGGGAUUGUAUGUGAAUUUAUCUUUAAUACCUGUAAUGGGUGGAUUAGCAUUGUGUUCCAUCAAUGAAAUUAGUUUCGAUCUCAGAGGAUUCAUUGCUGCUAUGGCGACAAAUGUAACUGAAUGCUUGCAGAAUGUGUACUCGAAAAUGUUGAUCAGUGGUGAUAAUUUUAAGUAUACACCAGCGGAAUUACAAUUUUAUACCAGUUUAGCAUCAAUUGUCGUACAAAUACCAGUAUCGAUAUUACUGGUCGAUCUACCUACACUCGAACAUUCCCUCAGCUUUAAGUUAUUCGCGGCAUUCCUUCUCAACGGAGUAUUCUUCCACUUUCAAAGUAUCACUGCUUAUGUACUUAUGGACUACAUCAGUCCCGUAACACACAGUGUCGCUAAAAUUGCAAAAAGAACUUUUCUCGUAUGGCUUUCCGUCUUAUUAUUUAAUAAUCCAGUGACGGGAUUAUCAGCGCUCGGCACUUCCUCGGUGGUAGCGGGAGUGUUGCUGUACAAUCGAGCGCAUGAAUAUGACAAGAUGAAUAGAACAAAGUCAAGACAUUCAUCAAAGAUCAAUUUACAGUAAGACAAUUUUUCAAAGAAAAAACAAAAGUCUAUUCAUGUGAAAAGAAAUGUGUGUUACCGCACCAAACCUAUUGCAUAUUGGAAGUACAAAUAAUAUCUCGAAUUUUUAUAUAUAGCAAUAUUUCAUUCAGUGGAGAAUAUGGGAUAAUAUAUAUUACUAAUAUCAGAAAUAUAUCAAGACAAAAUGCUCACUCGAAAAUUAUGUUUGUCAAAUCUAGCAAUUUUUUGCCAGUUGUAUUGUAAUUUCUGUGAUCUGUUAAAAAUGUCAUUCUAAAAUACAAUUAUUGUCUCUGAACUUUAGAAGAUUUGCAUAUAUUCAGACAUUUGCAAGAUAUUUGCACAUAUUCAUACACAUAUCUAAUGCAAGUACACAGGCAACCAAAAGAGAUCGGAAUGAGUGUGAUGUACAUGUGUCAAAAAAUAUUUGAUUAUUAUGCUGUACUAUAUAAUGUUCCUUAUGUAAAUAUGAGAAUUGUGGAAUGUUAAAAUGUGUGAGAAAAAUAAAAUCUCUUUAUACCUA